AUGAAUUUUACCACUACAAAACUUGGGAUUUUAGGAGGAGGACAGCUAGGCCGUAUGUUCAUUCAAUCGGCUUUGAACUAUGGAACCCCCAUUCAUAUUUUGGACCCUAACCCAACUUGUCCUGCAGCAAAUUGUUGUGAUUCUUUCACUCUAGGGGAUUUUAAUGAGUAUGAAGCAGUCUUAAAUUUUGGUAGGACGGUAGAUGUGUUGACCAUAGAAAUUGAGAACGUCAAUACUGAGGCAUUGUACCAAUUAGAAAAGGAAGGAAUUAAUGUCUUUCCUCAACCUAAGGUGAUAGAGUUAAUCAAAGACAAAGGAGUCCAAAAACAAUUUUAUCGGGAUAAUGGAAUUCCCACAGCAGAUUUUGAAUUGUGUAACUCCCUUGAAGAGGUGAAAGCAAAAGUGACUUUUCCUAGUGUUCAGAAAAUGAGAAAAGGAGGGUACGAUGGAAAAGGAGUUCAGAUAUUGAAAACCCCUGAAGAUUUAAGCAAGGCUUUUGAAGUUCCUUCAUUGCUUGAAGACAUGGUUGCUUUUGAAAAGGAAAUUUCAGUUAUAGUCGCUCGAAACGAGAAGGGAGAAGUAGUCUCUUACCCAACUUGUGAACAAGAGUUUAACUCAGAAGCCAACUUGGUUGAGUUUUUAUUUUCGCCAGCGAAAGUGAGCCAAGAAACUGAGAGCCAAGCACAAGAAAUUGCCCGAUCAAUUAUUGAAAAAUUGGGGAUGGUAGGGUUAUUGGCAGUUGAGUUUUUUGUCUUGAAAGAUGGAAGUGUAUUAGUCAAUGAAAUGGCUCCGAGAGCUCAUAACAGUGGUCAUCAUACCAUUGAGUGUAACUAUACCUCUCAAUUUGAACAACACUACCGAGCAGCGAUGAAUUUCCCACUAGGAAGCACUCAAUUGACUACUCCAGGAGUGAUGAUUAAUUUACUCGGGGAGAAAGGUUUUACAGGUACACCCCGUUACCAAGGAAUGGAGGAAGUGAUUACGAAAGAGGGAGUGUUUGUCCAUUUAUAUGGAAAAACUGAAACUAAGCCUUUCCGUAAAAUGGGACACAUUACGGUAGUAAAUCCCGAACUAGAUAUUGCCAUUAGAAAAGCUAGGGAAGUAGCGAAAGAAAUCAGAGUUAUUUCUAAGGAAUAA